GGUCAUUUUGUGUAUUUUAUCAAUUUCAUUACUGUAUUAGACUUAUAGACGGCUUGUUCAAACCCCAACCACCAAGAUGAAUACAUAUAGACUUUCCAAUCGUUCUGCUCGUUCUCUUUUCACAACUCAAUUGCCUCUCUAUGAUUUCCUAGCACCAAGUUUCAUUAAUUCACCCAGAUCAUCCCGCGGUAUUCGCCAGCUCUCCACAACCCCGCCAUGUUCCUCUUCUGCUACUUCUACCACUACCUCCUCACCCAAUUCUCAAAAUGCGCAUGAACACCACACUACCAACCCAUCUCAUCCCGCCCCUAGGUUCGGCGCAGAAGCCCUUCUAAAUGCCUCCUCCUCAAGCAAGCCCUUGACCCAAUCCCAAAAGGAUUUCCUCACCAGCGCCCUGCGCGUCAACCAAGCCGGCGAGCUCGCAGCAACCCUGAUCUACACCGCGCAAACCCCUCCAAUCACAAAUGCACAUCCUCAUCUGCGUCCCCUGAUGGCGCAUAUGUAUGAUCAAGAAGCCGGUCACUUCGCCACCUUCAAUCAUCUACUCGCUAAACAUCGCAUACGUCCAACCGCAUUAACACCCGUCUGGACAUUAGCUGCAUCGGCUUUAGGAUGGGGAACUGGACUGAUGGGACGAGAAGCGGCAAUGGCAUGUACAGAGGCUGUGGAGACGGAAAUUGGGACGCAUUAUAAUGAGCAGGUGCAGGUUUUAUUGGAGAUGAAGAAGCAGAUGGAAGCGAGGGGUGAGGAAUUGGGAGAGGAGUUGACGGAGUUGUUGGAGACUAUCAGGAGGAUCCGGGAUGAGGAACUAGAACAUUUGGACCACGCCGUUGAACAUGAUGCAAAGAAAGCUGUACCUCACGAACUGUUGACUGGUGUUAUCAGAGCGGGGUGUAGAGGGGCAAUCUGGGUUAGCGAGAGGGUAUGAUGCGAUGUUCGAUAAAUGUACAAAUAUUGGGUACACACUGUUGUACAGAGUGACAGGGUUUAAAUUUAACAGAAAGAUUUAUACGAUUAAUCUAAGUGUAGUGCCAUACAAGCUUUUCGACAAAAUAGACCACUGAGA